AUGUCUGAAUCUGAAUCCAAGUCUGCAGCUGACAACAGCAGAUCACCCUCACCAGAAUUCGAAUUUGACUUUCGACGCGACCAAGAGGCCUUCCAAGUGUACUGCGCGGAACGCGAACCAACGCCCCAGCUGGACCCCGCCUUUGUCGUAGACCACAAUUUAGCUCGUAAUCCACAUUGGCGCGGCCCAAUCGUCUUACGUUUCGGUUUCGGCAUCGAUUCUGAACGUCUCGUCGAUUAUGCUCUGAAACACAACCUCACCACCUUAGACAAACAGUUCUCAGGCCCCGUAGAGCGUCAAGGCCGCAUGCGCGCAAGAGCCAUGUUCGACGCGCAGAAGCACCUGAAGAAAAAGAGUCGUGCUGCGCGGCUCCAUUUGCGAUAUCCCGUACACCCAAAACACGACAUCAUGAUUGCACUCUACGACAACUACUCAAAAGAGCACGAAGAAAUGUCGGAAGAGCAUGAGCGGAUCGUGCUUGAUUACUGGAGGAAGGCGUUGGGACUUCCGGAGGACGAGAUGCCGCUGUGGUAUUUUGAGCAGGAUUAG